AUGGGAAGAACUACAUCUGUUCUCGUCCGUGGCUCCAACCAGCUUGUUCUGGAUGAAGCUGAAAGAAGUUUACAUGAUGCGUUGUGUUUGGUUAGGUGUCUGGUGAGCAAGAGGUUCUUGAUUGCAGGAGGUGGUGCACCAGAGAUUGAGCUCUCAAGGCAGCUUGGUGCUUGGACUAAGGUGCUUCAUGGUAUGGAAGGUUACUAUGUGAAGUCUUUCGCUGAAGCUCUUGAGGUCAUUUCUUACACUCUGGCCGAGAAUGCAGGGUUAAACCCUAUCGCUAUUGUGACUGAACUCAGGAACAAGCAUGCUCAAGGAGAAAUCAACGCCGCACAAAUCAACUUGUCAAUUUCGUCUGCAGUAGGGAACUUGCAUUUCGGAUCCAUCCAGAUGAUAGUAUGA